UAGUGCCUUCAAAUUAAAAGUCUACCAGCUGUCUGCCUGAGUGCAAUGUUUGGUAGUUUCUGUUGAUGAGUAAAGUCCGAUUUAUAACACGGAGGCUAAAGUUUAAAGUAUAAUACAAAAUGGAUCGAAUCGUAGACCUGAUUGUCAAUUCAACUUCAAACAAAAAAGCUUUGCUUUACACUGCAGGUGUGGGACUGGGUGCAAUAGGUCUCGGACUUGCUCUAAAAUAUGUUUUAAAGAAAAGGCAGAAAACACUUACUCGCGUUGGCGUUGUGUCUCAUCUUUUGAUCUAUCCCAUUAAGCCCUGCAAAGGGGUUAGUGCGGUUAAAGCUGAGUGCCUGGAAAUGGGCCUGAAAUACGGUGAACUUAAAGAUAGGAAUUGGUUGGUGAUUACAGAAGAUGGUCACCAGGUGACAGGCCGGCAGGAACCUCGGCUAGUGUUGAUAUCGGCUACCUGUGACAGCGGACAUUUGUGUCUGAAUGCCCCAGACAUGGAGGAGCUGAAAAUUCCCCUGAAGCAGGAUAAAAAGACUACGGUAUUUAACUGCAGAGUGUGGGGCUCUGAUAUUCAAGGCAGAGAUUGUGGAGAGGUGGUGUCUGCCUGGAUUUCCCGCUACCUGGCCAGCGGGAAGACAUUUCGCCUGGUGCAGUUUGAGCCUGGGAUGAAGCCGAGAAGGCCCUGUGAAACAGAGGAGCUCUUCAGACCCCAUGAUAAGGUUGUGUAUCCAGACCUCAGCCCUAUCAUGUUGCUGUCAGAGAGCUCUGUAGAGGACCUGAACACCAGGCUUGAGCGGAAGGUUGGAAUUGCAAACUUCAGGCCUAGUAUUGUCGUCUCUGGAUGUGAACCCUACGCAGAGGACUCUUGGAAAGAAAUACAGAUUGGUAGUGUGAGUCUUUAUCGAGUGAUGGCCUGUGGGAGGUGCAUGUUCGUAACUGUAGAUCCUGAAACAGGCGCCUUUGAUCGAAAGGAACCUCUGGAAACCCUCAAAAGCUAUCGUCAGUGUGAUCCAUCCGAGAAGAGCAUUUAUAAAACAUCCCCACUGUUUGGACAGUGUUACAGCGUUGACAAAACUGGAAUCCUUCAAGUUGGAGACCCUGUGUACAAGAUAACUUACUGAAUGAGUGAUGCUGGUCAUUAGCUUCAUUUAAUUGCUUUUUCAGAAGCAACAAAUCAGUUUGUGAAUGUCUGCUGCUGCUUUCCCUCUUGAUUUUCUUCACUGUUUACUUGCUUCUGAUCUCUAUAUUUAUAUUACCAAGUUUUCACAUAAAGAUGUGAUGUCAACAAAGGAGAAAAGACCAGUGAUUUAGAGGAUACCCUACAUUUUUGCUACUUUAAAAUUUGGUCUAGGUUUAGAACCCGUUGAAUGAGCUGAACUAUCUGUUUCAGUAGUAACAAGGUUUGCCAUCAAGCUCAUAAUCCCACAGAUACUUUGAAAUAGGAUCAGUUUUUACAGCUGCCUCUAAACAGAACAGAAUUAAUGCUUUAGUGUUAAACUUUUCCUCAUUUGAUACUGUUUAUUAUAUCAAAGCAGUAUUACAAUACAGUUCUUUUUAUUUACUUUUUACUUAACUGGAGUUAUUUUACUGUUUGUCUUAAAAUAACAUUUAUAAUUCACAGUAUAUGUAUCCUUGUCAAACAACACAAAUUCACACAUUUUGGUCAAUCUAAUGGAUCCUGAUAACUAUUCGUAAAGGGGGAAUAAUCCAAAUGUUCAGUAAACUUGUAAUUUGAAACUUUUUAAAUCCUUGGUUUAAAAGGCAGGGGUUUAAAAAUAUUUCCCAGUAUGUAUUUUCUGCUAUCACUGAUUAUAUUAAAUUGCACCAAGCAACAAUA